AGAGAUUACGUAAGUAUAAUAAAAUAUUAAAUAAUGGUUUCUUGUAAUCUGAUGGCCUAGUCCUCGUUGUCUCCACUUUGACUUUACCCUAUAAAACCCACAAAUAGCCCUUCUUCACUGUACCCCUUUCAUCAUCUUUGUUUUCUGCCUAAAGAAAAACUCGCACUUUGACACAACUCUCUCUAGAUCUCACCCCCAAGAAAUAAUUCAAUUAUGAGUUACUACAAUCAGCAACAACCCCCUGUUGGUGUACCUCCACCGCAAGGAUAUCCGCCAGAAGGUUACCCAAAGGAUGCAUAUCCACCAGCAGGGUACCCACAGCAGGGUUACCCUCAACAAGGUUAUCCUCCACAAGGGUACCCUCCCCAGUAUGCGCCUCAGUACGGUGCUCCACCUCCUCAACAACAACAACAACAAUCCAGUAGCACUGGACUCAUGCAAGGAUGUUUGGCAGCUCUGUGCUGUUGCUGUCUCUUGGAUGCAUGCUUUUGAUGAUGGCUGUGUGCUGUAAAUGACCUGUGCAAGUGUUCUUCUGCCAAAAUUUGAUUCAACCAAUUAUCACAGACUAGACACCUGUGCAAGUGUUGCUGCCAAAAUUUGAUUCAACCAAUUAUCAUAGACUAGACUUCUUUCUUUCUGUAUUUUGUCCUUGGUGUCCUCUCCUUAGAUAAAUAAUUUCAUUUCAUUUCAAGUAUGACGAUGCACCUUGAUGUGGUGAAGAAUUCAAUGCUUUUAAGUGUCUAUUUGCCAAACUAUACGUUAUGUACUAUGUGAGAGAUUCUAUUUUUUUUUGUUUUGGACCUCUAUGUGUGAAUGAACCUUGAUUUGGUUGAGAUUUUAAUGCUUCAAGUGUCUAUGAGCCAAGCUCUUGGGUUAUA